AUGGCGACGAGUGGCAGCAGCCCACCGCCGUAUAUGCAAGCCGCACAACUCUGUCAAUUCAACGAUGCAUACCAGCUCAACACUGUCCUGACACCAUCCCUACGCGACAAUGAGAUCCUCGUCAAAAUCCAUGCGGCCGGGUUUUGCCAUUCAGACUUGCAAGUCAUACAGGGCGAGUUCAGCUCCAAGUUGCCCAUCGUCCCAUCUCACGAGCCGGCGGGCAUAAUUGUCCAGAAGGGAUCAGCAUGCGACUCGACCUUCCAAGUCGGCGACCGCGUCGGGGUGCUCAACUUUAAGAAUGCUUGCGGCGGCUGUACGGGAUGCAGGCUGGCCAAGAGCCGGAACGAGCCCUGCCAACAAACGGCGCUGGACCCGAGAUGGUGCGACCACCGCGAGAUGGCCGGCUUCAAACACGACGGCGCUUUUGCCGAGUACAUGGUUGCCGACCCAAGCACGACUGUCAGGUUACCUGACGAGCUGGCCUUCGAGCAGGCGGCACCACUAAUGUGUGCUGGCGCAACGGUUUGGGGAGCCCUCGAGAAAGCCACAGCAGGCUUACUUCCAGGCGACACAGUCGCCAUUGUCGGCAUCGGCGGUCUAGGCCACCUUGGCGUGCAAUUUGCCAAAGCCCUCGGCUUCCGCACGAUCGCCAUCGACAGCCGUGAAGCAGGCCGCCGGCUUGCCUCCGACGUUCCCAGCGAAGCUCUCAACCCUGAUCUGAUCGUCGACUCGCUCGCACCGGAUGCCACCCAAGAAAUAUUUAAAUUCACUGACGGCGAGGGCAUAGCUGCCGCUGUGGUCUGUACCGAUUCUUUGCCCGCGAAUGAGUGGGCGCCGAGCCUGCUCCGGAUCCAAGGCACUCUGGUCCUGCUGGGCCUGCCCAGAGAAAAGUGGCGCUUUGAUGCUAGUGCUAUUGUGUUCAAAGAGCUUAUGCUCCGUGGCAGUUAUGUGACGAGCAGGGAGUCUACGGAGCGGAUGAUGGAGGUUGUCGAAAAGCAUGGCAUCAGAUCUUUCCUAACCGUUGUUGAAUUCCAUGAUGUGGCAAAGGUUGUGGACAUGUACAAGGACAAGACUUUCAGCGGUAGAAUUGUUGUCAAGAUUGCGAGCUAG